GUCUCUUCGGUCCUCAGUGUGCGAUGACAGUAAGACCGCUGUCUGGGUAGGACAGCAGCAGCAGCAGCACGGGUCUCAUGUCAUCACUGGACUUGAUGAAAAAGGAGUGUUUUGCUUCUGGGACCCUGUCCUCGGCUUCUUUUAAAAGAAGAUUUAUAAAGAAGGGGAGGGUCGCUCCGAAGGCGAGGCAGGAUGCGGACAGCGACUGUCAGCUGUGCAGGUAUUCCAUAUUUUCCAUGACUGGCAGCAGUCGAACUGUUCGUCGAAUCCUGACAGCCUGCCUCCUCUCUUUCCUGGCUCUAAUUGGCUCUGUUUCCAUCGACCUCAGCUCCAACUUUGACUUGCUGCACACUACAGAGGCAGCUUACAACGAGCUGACUUCAUGCAGGACAACUGCUUUUCUGCAGCUCAUCAGCAAACUUCAGAAGAUGAGACAUUUAUUCAACAAAGACAUGGAAAAUGAGACACUGGGGGCAAGCUUUUCAGAGAUUGUGUUGCCUGUCUUUGAUCGUCUCUGUGAUGAAAUGGCGGGUCAUAGUAACGGCCAUGGGCUCAGUUGCAGUGUUGAGUUGUCUGGAUUUUGCAAUCAAGUAUUUUUCAAUGCUUCUCUGGAUACAAACAUAAGUGGCAAUGAUACCUCUGCUUUCUCCCUGGCCAUCGGAAGCCUUCUUGACAUCUGGGGUACAAUAGAAGAUAGUUUAGUCAAAGUCAAGCAGAAUUCUAACUGGAGAGAUGUCCUGUCUGCAAGGCUUCUGGUAACAUUCAUAGAGCUCAACCACCAGCUGAUGGACUUCCGCCACAUGGCAACUCUUACUGGCUUCCAGUACAAGUGGACUUACAUACUGAGCUACCUCAGCUUUUCCAGAAUUAUGACAGAGCGACUGAAUGAUUGCUGGUUCGAGAAUAUAGACCUUAAGUUGAACUCAAGCUUGGAUGUUCAACAAUCGUCUAUUUUAGACACAAGUCCAUGGCAAAUUUCUGGAGCUGGGACCGAGCUCCUGUCUGGGUCUCACAGAGGAAUUCAAGCUCUGGCAAACACCCAGCAAUGCUUGUUUGAUCGUGCUGUGCUCGCUCUCAGGUUGGCGUCUCGAUCCAUAUCUUCAGUCCUCAGUAUGAGGAUCUGCCUGCUGGCCUUAGCUUGCCUUAUCUACCCCGUGGUGAUGUUCUCUUUCAAGCAGAUGACAGAGUGGAUACAGAACUAUGCCCAGAGUUUGAAGGAGAAGACUGAGGACCUGAAACGCCAGAGGCAGCUGGCUGAAGAUCUGCUGCACCAAAUGCUGCCCAAGUCUGUUGCCAAGCAGCUCCGCCAGCACAAACAUGUUGAAGCUGAAAGCUAUGAAAAGGUUACCAUUUUUUUCUCAGACAUUGUGGGCUUCACUUCUAUUUCUGCAUCUUGUACUCCUCUUCAAGUAGUGGAAAUGCUCAACAACCUCUACAUGUGUUUUGACACACGCAUUGACUCCUAUGACGUCUACAAGGUAGAGACAAUUGGAGAUGCAUACAUGGUGGUGAGCGGCCUGCCUGAGAGAAAUGGAGACCGACAUGCGGAUGAGAUUGCUAAAAUGGCACUGGAUCUGGUAGCAGCUGUCAGGCAGGUCUCCAUUCCUCACAUGCCCAAUACGAGACUGGAGCUCCGAGCCGGAAUCCACACAGGUCCAUGUGUGGCAGGAAUAGUGGGCUACAAGAUGCCAAGAUACUGUCUGUUUGGAGAUACUGUCAACACAGCCUCUCGAAUGGAGUCCACCAGCCUGCCUCAGAGAAUCCACGCCAGUUCAGAAACCUAUUUGGCUCUGGUCAAAGACAACGCCUACGAGCUGCAGCUUCGUGGAGAGAUUGAGGUGAAGGGUAAAGGCAAAAUGAACACUUACUGGCUGGUCGGACAUAAAAACUACAGUGUGCAGAAUGACAGUCUGGUUUGCCACUGGAAUCCAAACAAGAACAGAAAGAAGAAGACAGUGGCAGACAGCCAGGUCUCUGUGGGCAAUGUGAGUUAAAUUCAGUUCAAUUUGAGUUUAGUUUUGCACGUUUGCCAUUCAAAGAGCCACUUUGCCAGUCUGGACGUUUGUGUCUGUCCUCUAGUUGUUGCCUUACAUUGUUAAGUGUUCUCGCAAAAAUGUACAAUUCGCUUUAAAUAACCCACUCUCUGCCUGUUUGGUUAUUGCUUACCUGCAUUAAAGCCAGGAGUUUUUUUUCUUUAUUCAUCAUAUUGCACAUUUAACUUUUUUGACACGUGAUUUAUUUUCUGUGAAUACUCUGGUCCAUUUUCCCAUCUCUAUUUGGUUUUAGAUUUCAGUGUAGUUUCAUUGUUUUAAAUGUCCAUGUAAUUCUGUGAAUUACCAAUUGUUCUGAUGGUUAUUUACGUGUUUUGUGUUCAUGGCUUAUAAAAAACCUGAGUACGUCACAUGGAUGUUGGUGUAACUACCAGUUUCUGACUCGUAACUUGUGUUCACAUUAGGUUAAUAAUGACUGGGAAACUUAAAGCUCUGACAACACUUGGCAUGCUGUCACGAAAAGGUGCCUGGAAGUAAACAAAUUCUGUCAUUUAAGUUAAAUGGAUAUGGUCCAAUAUCACCAGUGAACACCGUCUUUAAACCUCAAAACUCCAGUGAAUACCAUAAGCAUGGGAGUCAUUGUUAAAAUCAAUCCAAUAUGAUUUGAACAUAGUGCAGAUAUUAUUCUUUUCUUUUCUGUGUUCUGCACAGAAAAUCAUAUACAGUAUAGUGCUGCUAAGCCACAGGAAAGUUCUGAGAUUGAAUAUGAAUGUGUGCACACUUGCAAUAUAACAUUUAUUUAGCAGCAGUACUGGCAAGUAGGAAGCUAGAUUUUGUGCCAUUUUGUGUUCUGAAAUUGAAUUUCCUGUGGCUUGAAUUUCCAUCAGAAUUAAUAAAGUAUCUAUCUAUCUAUCUAUCUAUCUAUCUAUCUAUCUAUCUAUCUAUCUAUCUAUCUAUCUAUCUAUCUAUCUAUCUAUCUAUCUAUCUAUCUAUCUAUCUAUCUAUCUAUCUAUCUAUCUAUCUAUCCACCCAUCCAUCCAUCCAUCUAUCUAUCUAUCUAUCUAUCUACUUGUGAUACAUCAGCAUUUACUUGUCAAGGUCUAGGUUAGUUCUUAGCUUGAGCCCGGCCAUGCUAGCUUUUAAACAAGUAUCCUUUUUGUUUUUUUGGAAGAAUCUGAAAAACAUUAACACCAGAUGUUAAGGUUAUCUCCUUAUCAACUUACAACAUACACUACUAGUCAAAAGUUCGGACACACCUUCUCAUUCAAUGGUUUUUAAUUAUUUUAUACAUUGUAGAUUAAUACUGAAGACAUCAAAACUAUAAAACAAUACAUAUGGAAAUGGAAAUAUAAAUAAAUAAAAAGCAUUAAAUGAGAAGUUGUGUCCAAAAUUUUGACAGGUAGUGUACGUUAGGAAAAAGAAAAAUGUAUGUAUGGACUAGUCCAACCUCUUCUUGUUCAAUUCUGAAACCUUAAGUUAGGUUUCUGCCUAUGCUGGUGUUCUUCCCCCUCUUUUUAAAAUUUGUUCAGUAUGUUACUGCAGGGAACUCAUGUGGACCAUUUUCAUGUAAGGCAACAUUGAUGACAGGCAUUCAAAAAAUCACAUAAAAUUGCCUACAUUUCUGACAGCAGAAACAUUGAAUUUAAUUUUAUGACACUGAAUAAAGAAUCAAAAGAGAGUCAGUAGGACAUCUGCUGGCUGGACGGGGUGUUACAGGAAGUGGGACGUAAGACAGUGGAAAUAUAACAAAGGUCAUACAGAAUCUGACAUGUACAUGAUCUGCUGUCUUCAUAUUCUCUAUUCUCAGUUGAGUUUUUAUUUAUAUAGCACCAAUCCACACAUGUAUCACCCCAACACACUUCAUAUAGUGAUCUGAAGACCUUAAAUGAAUACAGAUAAAACUGAACAAACAUCUGCAAAGUUUCCUUUGGAUUCCUUUUAGGCAAACAUUUGGAAACGGUGUGGAGAAAAGACAUCCCUUUACCCUGAAGGGAAAACACCCGGCAGAACCAGGCACAGGGAGCUCAGCCAUCUGCCUAGACUGGUUGGGUUUAUGGUAAAGUGAGGAAAGAGAAGGAUAGCAGAUAGACAACCAACCAAAAAUGCAUAGGAGAACAAUAAACAGGAGCAGAUGAUGUAGUAACUGCUGAAUAAUGUAUUUACUUGUCAUGUUAAAAAAAAAUAGAAAAAUAAUCUUUGUCAUGUGUAUUUUCUUGCUUAACUGUUAGCCUUUGAGCUCUUUUGCGUUGGAAACUUGGUUUUCAAAAUGAAACUGUCGCCUGUUCUUAAAGCUGCUGUGAUUUAAUUUUUAUAUUGAACCAGCGUCCCUUUCUUUGGGAUGUGUCUAUCUGUUUGUAGAUUUGUUAUGUAUCCUGUGUCAUUUUUGUUGCUGUAAAAUAUUGUCUUAUGCAUUCCAUAUUGGAAAUAUUUAGACAGUUUCCCAUUUUUGUUCUUCACAUUUGUAUGUGUGAGCAUUUCCACACGAACAUGAAAAGAACCGUUGAGAGAUAUAGCCUAGCAUACGCAUAGCACAAAACGUGAGUCUGGACUGUAUGUGAAGUCUUAAUAAAUUUGACUUUUUGUUGCUUAUU